AUGGACCCGGCGGCCGUCCCAAACUUUCCCCCGGAGUACGUCAAUGCAAGCAACGCCGGGACGAUUGUCGGCGUGGUGGGCGUCUUUUACUUUAUCGCCCUCACUUUUGUCGCGCUGCGCGUGUACUGUCGCCUCUUUCUCGUCCGGACGCUCGGUAUCGACGAUGGGCUGAUUAUCAUCACUGCUGCCCUCGCAUUCGUGUCAUGGCUCUGUCUGGUCCUGCAAAUCCCGUACGGCUUGGGCCGCCACGGCCUGGUUGUACCGGUGCCAGAUAGGAUAAAGUUCGAGCGAAUCACCUUCUGGAAGACGGUGCUGUCGGACGGAUUUGCGUUGGGUUUGUUGAGGAUAUCAAUGGCGAUCAGCUUGCUGCGCCUGAACAGGGAUCUCAAGUGGUACAAAUACUCGCUUUACGCCUUGAUGGCCUUCGUUGUCGCGUACUCAAUCCAAGCUAUCACCUGGCUGUUCGUCUACUGCACUCCAUUCUCCGGAUGGUGGGAGUUCCAAUGGAUGAACCCGUUCGACCCCAGGUGUAAAAGCUUCACCACAUUUGUCAACCUGGUUUAUUGGAACAUCUCCUGCAACAUCUUCACUGAUGUUUGUCUCGGAACACUACCAAUCCCUAUCAUCUGGAAUCUCAAAAUGAAGCUCCGGGUCAAGCUAUACGUGAUUGGUAUUCUCAAUCUCGGAUACUUUGCCGUAUUGAUGGGCAUUCUCAAAGCCGUGUUUAUGCUUACUACCGGUGGCAACCCGGACGCCAUCUUUCACUACUAUGUCCAUUUCUGGGAGAACCUUCAACUCAACAUCGGCAUCAUCGCCGCAUGCGCCUCCUUCCUCAAGCCCCUUGUCGGCCGCCUACUCAAGAUCAACACCUCUGCCGGCUACUACCCCAGUGGGCAAUAUGCGUAUGGCCGGAGCGGGCGCACUCCCCUGGGGACCAACCCGGGAAGCCGGACCAACAACAAGAGACGCACUGGUAUGGGACAAGACGACUUCGAGCUGCACACCAAGAGCGAGGUCACCGUCGGAGAGCGCGGCGUCUCGGUGUCGCCAGGCACCACGCGCGUGCAGGGCACUCGGUCACGGACCUCAGACCUUCAUCCGGAUGGAGGUAUGUAUGCUAGCGAGGGCAACGCUCAUUCGGAUGCGAACAGCGAGGAGAUUAUCCUCCAGAAGCCGGAACCGUCGCACGGGAUUAUGAUGAGGCGGGACUUUACGGUGGAGUACGGGCAAAAGUAG